AUGGAAUUAAGUCAUAAAAAAUCUACUUAUGAUAGAAAAAAAAUAACUGAGAUAGAAAAGAAAUGUGAAGAAAGUUUAAAUGAAAUAUUAAGAUCAGCAAAUGAGGCAAAAGAAAUAUCAAAAAAAGCAGAAGAAGAGUUAGAACAUCAGACAGAACAAAUAAAACAUAUACACAAAGAAACUGAAGAUAUUCAAGAAAAUUUGAAACAAAGUCAGUAUCAUUUACAUGGCAUAAAAUAUUGGUGGAAAAAUAUAAAUUCUUUUUUAGGAUUUGAAACAUAUAAAAAUAAUGAAAACAAAAAAACGAAUAAUAAAUUAAAUGAAACAAAAAGAAGUAUUAAACUUAAUGAUAAUAAUAAAAAUGUUAAAAAUCAUGAUAUUUAUAAAAAUUCAAUGAAAAUAGAAAACACAUCAAAAAGAAAUGAAACAUUUGAAGAAAAAUAUGAAAGCAAUUUAAACUCAUUAUCUGCAGUGUUAGAUGAAUUACAUACUAGAGCUUUGAUAAUGGGGAAUACAAUAAACGAACAAAACAAAAUGCUAAAUGAAGUUAAUGAAAAAAUGGAAUGUAACAUUGAAAAAAUUAGAGAUCAACAAAAAUUAAUGAAAGAAAUAAUGAAAAAAUAA